UCCAGGUGGCCCCGGACCAAGGUGACACCCGGCCGGCCCCCGCCCCGGGGCCACCUGCCCCCGCGGCCCGCGCAGACCUUCUUCGCACCGCGCAGCCGGCGGCGAGCGAGCGGCGGCGAUGAACCCGGUGAAUGCCACUGCUCUCUACGUGUCCGCGAGCCGCCUGGUGCUCAACUACGACCCGGCGGACCCCCAGUCCUUUUCCGAGAUUAACAAGCUCCUGCCCUACUUCAGGCAGUCCCUCUCCUGCUGCGUGUGCGGAAAUUUGCUACAAGACCCUAUUGCUCCUACCAACUCCAAUUGUCAGCAUUAUGUCUGCAAAACGUGUAAAGGCAAGAAGAUGAUGAUGAAGCCCUCGUGUAGCUGGUGCAAGGACUACGAGCAGUUUGAGGAGAACAAGCAGCUGAGCAUCCUGGUGAACUGCUACAAGAAGCUGUGCGAGUACAUCACGCAGACGCCGCUGGCCCGGGACAUCAUCCAGGCCGUGGAUUGCUCUGCAGACCUGCUGGCUCUGCUCAAGGAUGGGGCACCGCUCCAUGAGGACACCGAGAAGUCCUCAGAUGCAGCCCUGGCUCUGUGUCUGACGCACUCCCCGGUCCCUUCCACCUCGGAGCUGGCGACGGACGCGCCUGGGGGGUUCACGGCGCUGCCCGAGAGCACGCCCAGCCUGGACCUGCGGGGCUCUGUCAUCAACGGGCUGCCCCCCUGCAACGGGCUGGCGGUGGAGAAGCUGGGCGUGAGCAUCCCCUCUCCCGAGCACGCCAGCGCCAUCGACGUGUGCAGCACCGGGGAUUACAUCAAAACUGAGGACAUCCCCGGUGGCCUGCAGCCCGUGUGUGACACCGUGGCCACCAGCGACCUGUGCCCCGCGGGCAUCGACAUCUGCGGCUUCAGCGAGGACAUCAAGCCGGGCGGGUCGCUGCUGCUCAGCGUUGAGGAGGUGCUGCGCAGCCUGGAGACCGUGUCCAGCGGCGAGGUGUGCGACUCCAACCUGCAGCCCGCCUUGGAGGCCAACAUGGCCAAUGGCCCCUUCCUGCAGCUCUCCCCCCCUCCCCUCAGCCAUAACAUUUUCAUGGCCACGGAUGCUUCUCCUCACGGGCUCUCCUGCACGGCAGCCACGCCCAAGGUGGUGAAGCUGAACAGGAAGCGCUCUCGCUCCGAAAGCGACAGUGAGAAGGUUCAGCCUCUGCCCAUCUCCAGCAUCAUCUGCGGCCCGACGCUGGGAGCGUCAGCUCCCGUGACGGUCAAACAGGAAAAUAAAAUGUCUUUGCAGCCUAUUGCGACUGUACCUAAUGGAGGAACUACUCCCAAAAUCAGUAAAACUGUGCUCCUGUCUAACAAAAGCGUGAAAAAGAACUUAGAACACGCCCCUAAGAAAUCCCACCCGAAAGCCAAACCGGGGGUGCUGAAAACAAAAGACAAGGCAAAGGAGAAAGUUCCCAGCAGUAACGUUAUGCCAGGAAGCCCAACGAAAACUGUGUAUAAAAAGCCACAAGAAAAGAAAGGGUGUAAAUGUGGUCGUGCCACCCAAAAUCCAAGUGUUCUUACAUGCCGUGGCCAACGCUGCCCUUGCUACUCUAACCGCAAAGCCUGCCUUGACUGCAUAUGCCGUGGCUGCCAAAACUCCUACAUGGCUAACGGGGAGAAGAAGCUGGAGGCCUUUGCAGUGCCAGAAAAGGCCUUGGAGCAGACUCGGCUUACUUUGGGCAUUAAUGUGACAAGCAUUGCCGUGCGCAAUGCCAGCACAAGCACCAGUGUAAUCAAUGUGACAGGGUCACCAGUAACAACGUUUUUAGCUGCCAGUACACACGAUGAGAAAAGUUUGGAUGAAGCUAUAGACAUGAGAUAUGACUGUUAAACCUUUCUUUCUUUUCCCUGCCAUCCGUAGGGGAACUGCUACAGGUUUAAGGCAGCUAUGGUUCUGUUUAACUUGCUGGAGCUCCUGCGUUUAGAUCACUUGUAUCAAGUGUUUUUCAUUGCUAUGUUCUGUGUAUUAGUGUCUGGGAAAUAGUUGCAGAUAAUGGAGGAGUUACCCUAAAACUGUUUUUAGUUCUUACAGCACCUCAUAGUUUGAGAUGGAUUGCUGAUGUAAAUGAUUUUAUCACAAGAUCUUUUGACAAGGAAUAUAUUGACCUCAUUGUACUUGCUCAUGCUUUGUGCUCAGUCAAAGCUUCGGCUUCAGUGUAGCAUCCAGAUAGUGCAUCUCAACUGUGCUAGAUGAUGGUGUAGAGAAAUAAUUAUUUGAUGGGUUACAGUCACCAUGAGCAGGAAAUGACCUGACAUUCCUGUGGGAAAGGCAGCACGAGCUGGGGGAUACACUCCGGAAAGGGUAGGUAGUGGUGAUUGUGAGAAUUGGUUGUGCCCUCCACUGAACAGCAUACAGUUUAAAAAAGAUUAAUAAAUAUACUGAGCUGGCAGGCCAAAAGGCAUCUCAGGCUGCAGGCAAGGCUCAGGAGGGUCGGGUGGGUGGCAAAGGUCGAGCUCCAGCUUGGUUACCCAGUUCUGGUAAUGACAUCAUCAUCCUUGGGGUUUGUCUUCCUGACACUUCACAGGUCACGUCCCUGCUCACUUGCCCCUCUGUGCCA